GUUCUCAGGAAAGCGCAGUGACUUGUGAAGAUUGUUUGCUUUCCGGACCACACUGUGCUUGGUGUUCUCAAGAGAAUUACACAGACUCGGUUGGAACUCAUGGGAGGUGCGAUACCCCAGAAAACCUUUUGUCAAAAGGAUGCCAGCUGGAUUUGAUUGAGUUUCCUUUUUCAGAAGUAGAAAUUCACAGAAACAAGCCCCUAACUGUAGCGUCCCAGAAGAGGAAUUCUGAUGUUACACAGAUUUCUCCUCAAAAAUUAACUCUCAGGCUGCGACCAGGACAUGAAGAAACAAUACAUAUCAAGGUUCGGCAAACUGAAGAUUAUCCAAUUGAUCUAUAUUACCUCAUGGAUCUUUCAGCCUCCAUGGAUGAUGAUCUGAAUACAAUCAAAGAAUUGGGCUCAACUCUUUCUAAAGAAAUGUCAAAACUGACAAGCAACUUCAGACUGGGGUUUGGAUCUUUUGUUGAAAAACCAGUUUCACCAUUUAUCAAAACUACAGCUGCAGAAAUAAGCAACCCUUGCAGAAGUGUACCGUACGAGUGCUUACCCACCUUUGGAUACAAACAUGUUUUGCCACUAACAAAUGAUGCUGAAAAAUUCAAUGAAAUUGUGAAAAGACAGCGAAUCUCUGCUAAUAUAGACACUCCAGAGGGAGGUUUUGAUGCAAUUAUGCAGGCAGCUGUUUGCAAGGAAAAAAUUGGAUGGAGGAAUGAUUCUCUACAUUUGCUGGUGUUUGUGAGUGAUGCUGAUUCCCAUUUUGGGAUGGACAGCAAACUGGCAGGGAUUGUUAUUCCUAAUGAUGGGAACUGUCAUUUGGACCACAAUAAUGAAUACUCCAUGUCAACUGUUCUGGAGUAUCCCACAAUUGGACAAUUAAUUGAGAAACUUGUACAAAACAAUGUUCUAUUAAUUUUUGCUGUAACAAAUGAGCAAGUUCACAUAUAUGAGAACUAUGCAAAGCUUAUUCCUGGAGCUACUGUUGGACGAUUACAGAAAGAUUCUGGAAAUAUUCUCCAGCUGAUCAUUGCUGCAUAUCAGGAGCUGAGGUCCGAGGUGGAGCUGGAGAUCUUGGGAGAGACAGAAGGACUCAACCUCUCUUUCACAGCCAUCUGUAACAAUGGGACCUUUUUUCCACAUCAGAGGAAAUGUUCUCAUGUAAAAGUGGGAGACACAGUCUCUUUCAAUGUGACUGUACGUCUCUCCUCUUGUGAAAAAAACAGAAGGCAUAUUGUGAUAAAACCAGUGGGGCUCAGUGACACACUGGAAAUGGAGAUUCUUCCCCAGUGCGGCUGUAACUGUCAGGCAAAGGCUGAGAUGAACAGCCCAAAAUGCAACAAAGGGAAAGGAUCGUUCGAGUGCGGGGUGUGCGUCUGCAGCCCAGGAUACAUGGGGCCACACUGUGAAUGCAAUGAGAGCUCCCUGAGCACCAGCUCCUGCAAGGGCUCAGCAGAGCAGAGCUCCUGCAGUGGGAGAGGUGACUGCUAUUGCGGUCAGUGUGUCUGCCACCCGUCCCUGUACGGAAAGGUGUACGGGCCACGCUGUGAAUGCGAUGACUUCUCGUGUGUGAGACAUAGAGGGCUCCAGUGUGGAGGUAAUGGUGACUGUGACUGUGGGGAAUGCAUGUGCCACAGUGGAUGGACUGGUGAAUACUGUAAUUGCACAACUGACACCAGCGCCUGCAUUGCUGAGGAUGGGACAUUGUGCAAUGGGAGAGGCGAAUGUGUCUGUGGGUCGUGUGCUUGCACCCAUCCAGGGGCUUCAGGCCAAACUUGUGAAAAAUGUCCUCUCUGCGGUGAUCCUUGCAGCUCCAGGCGGAGCUGUGUGGAAUGUCACCUGGCUUCUGAUGACAAGUCACUGGGAGAAUGCAGUGAAAAAUGCAAACUGGUUGAUGCAACUGUCAGCACCACAAAGGAUUAUUCAGAGGAUAAAUCCAUUCCCUGCUCUUCGCAGGGGGAAAAUGAAUGUAUAACCACAUUUCUACUGGCUAUGGAUGAACAGGGAAGGACAGUCAUUCACAGCAUAGAACAGAAAGACUGCCCACAGCUUCCAAAUAUUCCAAUGAUAAUGGUGGGUGUCAUCCUUGCUAUCCUUCUCAUUGGCAUUGUUUUACUUUGUAUAUGGAAACUCCUGGUGUCAGUUCAGGACCGAAAAGAGGUGGCCAAGUUUGAAGUGGAAAAAUCAAAAGUUAAAUGGCAAACGGAAACAAAUCCACUGUACAGAGGCUCAACAACCACUUUUAAAAACGUAACUUACAAGAAUCAAGAAAAGCAAAAAGGGGCCAUGGCUGCAGAUUUCUGUUAGCACCUCCAACACUACAAACUUAGUUUUACUGGCAGGGAAUCUAAAACUACUUGUUUCUUCUCAGCUGAUUAUGUGAUAUUUGUUUACACAUCACAGUGGUAUAAUCAUUCAGCUAGAGAAAAUAUAUCUUGUGUUGGGAAAACUAUAGAUAACAUAUUAGUGGUAAAAGUUAGUAGAAAUAUUUAAAAAACCCCACCAACACUAAUAUUAAAGCCCGCAAUCUUAAAAAAAAAAAAAAAAAAAAAAAAAAGGCGCAUCACAAAUAUUUUAAAUUUUUUCAUUAAUAUUGAGGAUUUAAAAUUAUCAUAUAUAAGCCUGUUUUGUGAAAUUAGGUAUAUACAAUGAGCUGUAUACUAAACUCCAAUCCCACAUAUUUUUGUUUGGGAAUGUAUCUGUACCAGUCUAUUUGGUGCACUGGAUUAAAUUUUAAAAAGAUAAUUUUUUAUGAAUGCAGCUUAAACUACUGAGGUUAGAAGUUUCUCACAGCACUUGUGUGACUGAGUAGUCUUUCAUCAGAAAGAAGCAGUGUUAUUGUCCAUCUUCUGUGUAUCUAAGUACUCUGGAACAGAUGGUCAAAAUGUAUAUAUGAAUGUACUUACAAAAGAAGACUUAGACAUCAAAGGUACAUCGACACAGUCACAGAAAAACUUAUGUACAUUCCCUAUAGUAAAUCAUAUAUUUGAACUAAAAAAGUUUAUGUCCAUUUUGUAAUAAAUAUUUACAAAGUCUGUGCAACUUCAGUCUCUAUAUCCUCUACAGUUCCCGGAUGUGAGACUGAUAUAUUAGCUAGCUCUGACCCAUGCCUGUUUUAGGGCCUGAUCCAAAGCCUACUGAAUCAAUGGCUACGGAUGAGGAUCUAGUUUCAGUGAAACUAUUAGUUUUGGUUUACAAAGAUUGUUUUGUUUAAAUAAACUGGUUAAUACUGUCUAUUAGUGGAUUAGAGCCUAUAGUAUAUAUUUCUGUGCAAAGAUAAACAAACAGUAUCAGAUGCCUUUGGAAAGAAGGUGAUACUAUAACCACAUAUUAAAUACAAAAUUAUUGCAGUGUGAAGGAAAUGAUGGCUGUCAUUAAAGUGGAAUGGAUUAAUUACAGGUUCACAUCUGUACUCUUCAGUAUUUCUGUGUAUCUCAUAGUGGAAAUUGUGCACAGACAAAGGCUUGCAUCUGCGGCCCUUGCAACCACUAAAUUCCCACAGAUGUCAGUGCAAGUUACAUGUGGGACCAAAUCCUGUUUUCCUGGCACAUGGAUAAACUGACAGGAGGCAAAGGUGGCCCCUGGAUUUUGUCUUGGAUUCCAAUUGGGUCAAGAUUGCCUAAGGGACUAGGGAAAUCUGGAUUUAGUUCAUGUAAAUUAUCUGUUACUCUCUUGUUUUUCAAGUAGAAGUUUUCAAACAACAAACUUUCUCUGAAAGAAAUUAAAAUAUUUUUAUUACUUUUAAAGUAAUAAAAAGCUAUACUCUUUAUUAAAUACCUUUUAAGUUCUGUUUCUGAGAAGGCUGAUUCUGGUGCUCAAUAUUAGGGUUGAAAGUCCUUCUUCUUUAGGUCACUUAUUUCAAUAUUGAAAUGCAUUUCAGUAUUCAAAUAUUAUUAACAAAUUGGUGCCCACAUUUCAUAUCAAACACUUGCUGGUCUACAUUCCCUGUUCCUACAGGAGAUUUCAUUUCACAAAGCUACCCACUCUCUUCCCAUCACUUGCAUCUUCUAAUCAUGAGCAAAGUUCCAAUUUGGUAUGUAGACAAUGUUUACAGUUCAAUUACUCCUCCUAGCAGUCACUCUCCAAAAUAUCAAAGAUGUACAGAAAUCAGGCAGUAUGUUUUGCGAUUUCCCUGCUGUGACUGACUGUACUAUAAAUGGUCUGUGCGCCUUCAGAAGAAUUCAUCAGAAGAGAGAGGGCUUGGUGAGGAAGGUCUCUAUUACUGAAGGACAUCAAAGAACUACGCUCAUUCAUAUGAACCAUCCUUUUAACAGCAAUAAUUUAGAUAGAUAAUAAAUUUUUACUGAACUCCCAGAUUUCAAGAACUUUCAAGACCUUACUUGGCAUUCACCCUAAAAACAAGAGUGGUGUUCAUUUUUCUUUUUAUUAACUAUAUUCUUUUUAUCUUGUAGCAUUUGUACAAAAGUUCACCUUUUUCUUUUUUUUUCCCUCCACCAAAUGAUGAGUGGGUUUGUGUGUGGUGAGUGGGUCUACUGUUUUCAUGAAUAUUGUUUUGACCUGAGGCUGGACCUUGAGAGUGGCCAAAACAUUUUUUAAUGGUAAUACUUCUAUUCACUGAAGAGUUAAACUGAAUAAAAGAAUAAUCAUUAGCAAUUUCGUGGUAUUUGUGUAUCUUUUACACCCUUUAGAAUGGUAAUUUCAGUAAUACGUGUUAAAUGGAUGAUUUUUCAUUUGAUUUAUAAAAGUUGCAUGUUAACCUGUAUUGUUAUUGUAUAUGUGUCCAGACUGCAUUUAACUUUGUUUUAUAAUAUAAUUAGUGGGUAAGGAGCCUGGGAUACAAGACUCAGAUGUCAAGUGCAAUACUCUCCAUUUCUUGUCUGCCUUUAUACAGGAGUUCAAGUUUGUUUUGCAGUGGGCAAAUGAGUUAUUGCCCCAUAAAAUUUAUCACGCAAAAUCUAAAAGUAAAAAAAGAGAAAAUUUAUAUCAUAGUCUAUUUGAAAGAAACAGGUACAUGCUCCAACUUGUUUCUGUAAAAAAGGAGCUACUUAACCUUGAAUAAAGAUUGGAAAGUCAAAUGCA